AUGUUCAUGACGGAAGAUUCUGAAAAAAAAGCAACUCGACAGCACCUGUCACCUGGUCCCGGAAAAAUUCUUUAUCAUCUCCUAAACGGCAAUUUGGAAGUUGCAGCUGAGGAAGCAGUAGAUAGCAAUUAUCCACAUCUUGCAUGCGCCCUCUCAACAUUCAGAUAUUCUGAUCGAACAGCUUACAGAAAUCAGGCAAGUGGUGAUGAUUGUUUUAGUCCGAUCAUGCAUUGGAAUAAAACGAAGGAGAGCAAAUUUAUUAGCGAGGACUUGCUGAAAAUAUAUCUCAUAAUGGCCGGUGAAAUGCACACUGAAAUAAACGGCAAAAAAAUUUUUGUGAAUGAAGGAUUGGACGGAUUACGAGCUUUUGCUGUGUUCGUUUGGUAUUAUGAGCCGUUCGAUGCGCCCCUGAAAGAAGUUUUUCACGCAUUCGAAAACGAUUUAGCGGCGAGAAAAGCCACGAUUACUUUGAAAUGCGAUAUGUUUUACGAGCUGCUCCAUCUAGCUUGUGAUCCGUCGUACCCGAUGGAAGUUGUUCUGGAACCCACU